AUGGAUGCAUCAGAAGUCAGAUGGGUGUCUAAAUAUGUACGACCUGUUGAAUUUGUAGCAGCACACGAAGAGAUUGAGCAGCCAGUCAAGAAACAAAAGACUUCGAAUGGAGAUGAAGUUGCUUCACUUUACAAAAACAUUAUCAACUCAACCAAGUCACCUGCUACGCCGUCUCCUCCUUCAGCUGAAAAGACUAUUUGGUGUGAAAGUUGCGAGAUGACUAUUACUGAAGCUGAUUACAAACGACAUAUUCAAGGUACAGCUCAUAUGUAAUGUUGGCUUUCGUAUGUUAACAUCGCAAGGAUGGAAAUACAAGGAAGGGUUAGGGAAAGAAGGGCAAGGUCGACGACAUCCUAUAGCGACUGUGUUUAAACAAGACAGGCUCUGUAUCGGACACGAAAACAGCGGACGUAAAGUCGUGACCCAUACACAUCAAGAGAUUGAAAAAAAGGCCAUAGAACGACAGAGAAAGAUGGAAGAACAAAAGAAAGACCCUGGCAAAGAGAUUGCAAAGAAAGCCAAAGCUGAAUCUAGAAAGAGAGUUGCUAUGUUACAUUAUUUAAAACAAUAGUUUAUCUGUCUUGGCAUAUUGAACAAAAAAAAGAAAGGGAGGGGAACAAUGGUCCGACAAUUCGGUGUACAGGAUUAAAAAGUCUAAAAUACCUUCAAAAGGGAAUUUCAUAACGAAUAUGUAUUCAUAGCCAAUCAAUCAAGGGGCAUUUAUCAAGAAGAGGAUUAAUAAGAUAUGGAAUAUUAUUGGAUAGAUAGAUCAUAGAUAAUGAGGGGAUGUUGCCUUUGUGGGAAUAUCACAUCAAAAUAUUACAAAUAACGAAUCGGGAAUAAACUACCUUAAAUGACAUUUUUUAACCUGUUGACAAUCUAUCUAGACUAAUGUCAUCGUCAUCUCUUGGUGGAGUCAUUUUUCUAGAUAGUUCAUCUGCAGAUGAAAUAGAAUGACUCAGUACCAUUUGCUCCUCUUGUUGUUGUUGAUAUGGAUACUGAUAUUGAUGUUGCUGCGGAGACCGCUGUUCUUGUUCUUGUUGUUCUUGUUCUUGUUCUUGUUCUU